AUGGGUUUUUGUAAAAUUAAAAGAAUUGCUAGAACUACAAUUGGAGCUAAUGCAACAAAUGUUUCAGCAGCAGGAUUUGGUUCUAUUCAUACGCUUCCUGUUGCAUUUGGUUAUUUGAAAAUAAUCGAAAAACAGCAGCCAAAAUAUGUUGAUAAAUUGACACCACAUAUUACUAAAUUAUUACAAAAAUUAAUUAAAGAUCAUACAAGUGCGGGUGUUGAUUAUAAUGCUGCAUUUACUGAAUAUAUUGUUGAAUGUCUCACAUUACUUAAAUAUCGUAUUGGUCAAUUAACAAGUGAUCUUCGUAAACAAUUUAUGAAUAAUUUUUUACCAUGUUUAAUCGAAAAGUCCCAUGAUAUAACUCUUGUUCGAGCUAUAAUUCGUCUCGUCUAUGAUUGGCUUAAAUGGCGUGGUGAUGUACAGUUAGUUCCAUCAUUAAAAGAAAAAUCUCAAUUACUUCUUAAACUUCUACAAUGUAUCGAUAAAAGUGGACGUUUUCAUCAACAUCAACAACAACAACAGCAGCAGCAACAACAGCAACAACAAAUAAAUGAAAAUGAUCUAACAAAUAGUUUUCUCGAACUUAUUUUACAUGUUUAUCAAGAAUCGAAUUAUCGUGAAUUAUGUAUUAAAUUAGAAGCAGCAUUUAUUCUUGGUUUAAAAUCAACAAAUCAACAAUUACGAAAACAAUUUUUUCUUAUCCUAGAUAAAAAUUUACGAAAAACAUUACAUGAUCGAUUAUUAUUUAUAUUUUUAUCACAAAAUUGGGAAUAUCUUGGACAACAUUACUGGAUUAAACAAUGUCUUGAGUUAUUUUAUACAUGUGCUUCAUCAACAAUUCCAUUAUCAAUUGUCGAUAAUCGUACAUCUGUUUUACCUUCAUUAACAUCUGUAAUAAAAUCUGGAGAAUUUUAUGAUCGAUAUGAUUUUAUGAUUGAUUAUGUUAAAACAAAAAAUCCAUCGGCAAUUGAAAAUGUUGUGGUUAAAACUGAACAAAAUCCUGAUGUAUCUAUUAAAAUGGAAGUUAAUGAUAAACCAUCAACACAAAAUCCAGCUUAUUCUAUCAUCUCAAAUGCACUCGGUGUCACGGCAAUGAGUACACUUGUGACAAAAAAACAACGUUCAUCAUCAAUUUCUAUAAAUGAAUCAAAAGUGAAACAUUUCAAACGAACAAUAUCAUUUGAAAACAUACGUCGUUUACCAACUGAUCAAAUUUCGGAUAUAUUUGAACGUGAAGCAACAAAUAAAAUACAAUUAACGGAAUUAAUUAAUGAUGAAAUCAACUUUCUAAAGAAUCUUUCGUCGAUACAAUUAAAAUCCAAUGAUUUAUUUGAUUCUAUAAUACAAUUUUUACAUACAAAUAAUUCAGUUAUUAUUGAUAAAUUAACUCAUCAUUUAUUUAUUGAUAUUUUACCAAAAAUUCUUCGUCUUAUACCAGAGAAAUAUCGUAUUAUUCUUUUUCAACAAAUAAUUCAACCAUUUUUUGUUAGUGGAACACAUUUACAACAACGUGAUCUAUAUCCAUACAGUUCAUUGAAUACUAUACUUGAAGCUUUUUAUUAUAUGUUUAAAAAUAAUAAUAAUAUAUCAGAAUUUGUACCUAUUAUACGACCAGUUAUACUUAAAUAUAUUGGUAAAACACACAAUACAUGGCAUAGAAGUAUUCUAUUACUUGAACAAUAUAUAUUAGAUCAACAACCUAAUCAUGAAUCUUUAACCAAUGAUGAAACUUACAAUGAAUCAUUAAAUUCUCUUAGCGAAUUAUAUGAACAUUUAAAUGAAGAUGAUUAUAAUAUAAGUCUUUGGUUAUAUCGUCAAUUUACACCAAAUAUAAAAUUAUUAGUUUCUAAUGCAUUACAAUAUGAACAACUCGGUCAAUUUCAACAAGCACUUGACUAUUAUACACAAUCAAUAAAACUUCUUGAAACUGAUCAAAUUUCUUUUGUUUCAUCAUCAUCAUCUACGCCAUUUUUUCAAUUAGAUGAAUAUUCAUUUCUUGAACAACAUUGGAUAAAAUGUACUAAAGAAUUAAAUCAAUGGGAUACAUUAAUGUCUUAUUGUAAACAACAAAGUAAUCGUGAUCAUUUACUUUAUCUUGAUUGUACAUGGAGAUCAGCAAAUUGGUCAUUAAUGAAAGAAACACUUGGACAACUCGAUGCUAUGUGUAAUGGUACAAAUAUGAAUUUAACAAAUUCAUCUAUUCAAACAUUUCAAUUUUUAAAUCAAAAUCCAACAUUAACACAAUCAACAAUUAUAUCAAAUAUCUUAACAGUAAAAGAUUUUCAAUGGAAAUUUGCUUUAUAUCGUUGUUAUUUAACAUUAUGUUCAACAAUAACAAAUACAGAUGAUCCAACAAUAUAUCAAACAACAAUGAAUAUAACUGAACGUUUAAUUGAUUAUUCUUCAUUAAAUGCAUUAAAAGAAUGGAAACAUUUACCAAAUUAUAUUUCAAAUUCACAUUUAAAUCUAUUACAAGCAUCACAACGUAUUAUUGAAUUACAAGAAUCUGCACAGAUAUUAUUAAAUAUACAAACAAAUACAAAUAAUAAUAAUAACAGUGGUGGUAAUAAUAAUAAUACAUCAACAUCAAUUAUAUCAACAACAACAACAAAUGGUAAUACAUCAACAACAACAAAUAUUCGACAAACAACAAAUAUACAUGAACUUCGAACAAUUGUUAAAACAUGGAAAAGUCGUUUACCAUUAAUAAAUGAUUCAUUAAGUUUUUGGAAUGAUAUAUUUACUUGGCGUGAACUUCAAUAUGGUACAAUAAGUUCUCAAUCUGAUAAAGAUAUCAAUGGAACAAAUACAUCAUUAACAAGUAAUACAAAUACUGGUACAAAUACUGGACAAUUUUUACUUGGUAUUCAUGCUAUUGCUCAAUCAAUUACACAGUUAGGCAAAAUUGCACGUAAACAUCAUAUGCCUAAUAUAUGUAUGGAAAUUUUAUCAAGAAUUGGUACUGUUAUACCAAGUGUACCUGUAGUUGAUAGCUUUCAAAAAAUUAAACAAAUAAUAAAAUGUUAUUUAAUUUUACUUCCAACAUUAUCUUCUGAUGAUGUUCAAGAUAUAUUUGAUCUUAUUGAACAGGCGAAUACAAAAUAUUUUACUAAAGAUAUGAUGAGUGAAUUCUAUUCUUUAAAAGCUGUAGCUUAUUCAAAAUUAGAUCGUCAUGAUGAAUCACAAAAACUUUUUAGUCGUUCAACACAAUUAUCUGAUACAAGUUUAACUCGUACAUGGAUUAAUUGGGGUGAUUUUUUACUUAAGCAAUCAACAAUUUUUAAUGAUGAUGAAUCAAUCCUUGUUUGUUAUUUAAAUGCAUGUAAAGAUUUAAAUGAAAUUAAAGCACGUUCAAUAUUAUCGAAAAUGUUUUAUUUACUUUCACGUGAUAAUGAAAAUGAUAAUAAUAAUAAAUUAUCUAUAUGUAUUGAACGUUAUUUAUCUUUAAUACCUGUACAACAUUGGUUAUUUUGGUUACCACAAAUAUUAAAUAAAUUGAUACGUAAUGAAUCUAGUCAAUGUAUGUUUGCUAUUUUAACUGAAUUAAUACGUUUAUAUCCGCAAGCUGUUUAUAUUCAAAUAAAAAAGAAUUAUAAAAAAUUAAUCGAAAAUAAUCAAGAAGAAAAACAAAUUCCAGAAACACCAACAACACCAACAAUUGAAAAUACUUUAAAUUUACCAACAAUUUCAAUUCGACAACAAGCUAUUAAUAAUUUAAAACGUUUAGAACAAAUUUUACUUGAACAACAUCCAACUAUUGUACGAACAUUAGAUAUUAUUAUUGAACAAUUACAUACUAUAAAUGAAACAUUUUUUGAAUAUAUGAUUAAACGUUUAUAUGAAUGUCAAAGAAAAAUUUAUCAAGAUUUAUUUGAAAAUAGAAAAAUUUUAUCGAAUGAUAUUAAAUUAAUUAUUCAACAUAUAAAAGAUCUUUUAAAUAAUGAUGAAAAAGAAUUUCAACAUAUGAAACAAUUAAAAAUACAAUUCUGGAAUGAUUUUAAUGAAAGUGUACUUAACAAUACUCAUAUAUCUCGAUCAUUUAUCCUUUUAAUCAGUAAAUGGAUAUCUCUUAUUGAACGUCGUAUUGAACAAACUGAACCACGUAUAAAAUAUUUGAAUCAAACAAAAUAUUUACAUUUACUUUCAUUCAAUUCUCAAAUAACAAAUGAUAUAAAUAUGCCUGGUGAAUUAUGGCAUGCUCCAGAAGCAAAUUUUUACUUUCGUAUCAAUAAAUUUUUUCCAACUAUUGAACGUAUAUAUAAACAUGAACGUUAUUUUAAUCGUAUAACAAUUCGUGCACAUAAUGGUAAAAUAAUGUAUUAUAUUUUAUCAAAUAGUUAUCAAACAAUAUCUAUUGAUAAAUGUAAUUCUCAAUGGGAAUUAGAAGAAAAUACAAUACAAUUUCUUAAAAUGAUUAAUAAUAUAUGUAUACGUAAAGAAAAAGAAUUAUUAAAAAGACAUACACAAAUAUUUUUUCCACAUUUAUGUACAUAUUUACCAUCAUUACGUUUAAUUGAAGAUAAUCGUUCAACUAUAAAUUUAAUUGAGAUAUAUAAUGAUCGGCUAAUGCUAUCAAUAAAAAAAUAUUAUGAAUUAUUAGAUGAUAAUAAUGAUAAUUUAUUAAAUAUUUAUCAAGUAAUACAAAAUGAAUAUUUUACUAAUAAACAAUUAUUACAUCAAUGGACAUUAAACGAAUAUUCUAAUGCAACUGGCUAUUUUUCAUUUCGAAAAAUUUUUACUAUAUCAAUAGGUUUUUAUUCAACAUUAAACUAUAUAUUUGGUUUUAAUAUGUAUACAAAUAAUCAAUUAAAUAUACAACGUUCAAUAGGAAAUAUUAAUCCAUUAUAUCUUAAAUUACAAUAUGAUUCAAAUAAACAAGAAGAAAAUAUUUAUUUAACACCAAAUAUUGAUACAUUUAUUAACUGUUUUGGUAAAAUGGGACCACUAACAGGAACGAUUCUAGCAACAUUAACAGCAUUAGCACAACCUAAACAUCAAAUUGCUGAAUAUUUAAAGAUUUUCUAUAAGGAAGAUAUACAUAUAAAACAACCAGAACUGACACAAAAAGAAUGUGUUAACCUAGUUGAAGAUAUUGCUCAUCAAUUGGAAACAAAAUUGAAUCAAUUUACUAAUUUUGAUGUAUCGAAAACAAUAGUUUCUCAACUUGUGCAAAAAUCUACAGAUAUCAAUCAACUUUCACGUCUUAAUCCGCUUUAUUAUCCUUGGUUAUAA